CCUGAUCCAGACAGUGUGAGUGGAUCACCGAACGAGUCGAUCUCGCUGUAUACGCCUGUCAUCCAGCGAGGGAAGUAACCUUAUCAAAUGCGUAUUGAAGCAUUUUAGCGCGUUACCGCGACAGGGUUACUGUCGUUCUCGACUCACCAUGGUGUUCGAGUCUUUAGUCAGUGAUCUCUUGAACAGGUUCAUAGGAGAUUAUGUGGAAAACUUGGAUAAGUCGCAGCUCAAGAUUGGCAUAUGGGGAGGAAAUGUGGUGUUGGAAAAUCUGAGAGUGAAAGAAAAUGCUUUGAGCGAGUUUGAUGUCCCUUUCAGAGUAAAGGCUGGUCAGAUUGGUAAACUGACUCUGAAGAUCCCUUGGAAAAACCUGUACAAUGAGGCAGUGGUGGCUACAUUAGAUGGACUAUACCUUCUGGUGGUUCCAGGUGCAACAUUUAAAUAUGAUCCAGUUAAAGAAGAGCGUUACCAGCAGGAAGCCAAACAGAAGGAGCUUCAGCGCAUUGAGGAAACCCUGCAGCUGGUUGCACGCAGAGACUCUCAGGCUGGAGAGUUUGUGUUUAAUCUGGAGAGUUAUGUGUAUAAGAAUCCACCACGGGACAAAGGACGUAAGCUUAAAAAGCGUAAAAAACCCUUUAGGAGAUCUAAAAAGUAUGAACAUAAAGCAGAGAAGCACCAGGAAGAAAAGAAAGACACAUUUGCUGAGAAACUGGCUACACAAGUUAUCAAAAACCUCCAGGUCAAAAUCACCAGCAUUCACAUCAGAUAUGAGGAUGAUGUGUCAGAUCCUCAAAGACCUUUUGCUGUGGGCAUGACUCUUUCAGAACUCAGUCUACAGACAGCAGAUGAGAACUGGAAGCCUUGCAUUCUGAAUGAAGCAGCCAAGAUCAUCUACAAGCUGGGGCGCCUGGAGUGUUUUUGUGCCUAUUGGAACGUGAACAGCCCAAUCUUCUACAGAGGCUCAUGGGGGGAAAUAGUGGACAAGCUGAAAGUGGGAAUCAGCACAAGAAAUGAGGAACUGCAAGGCUAUCAGUACAUUUUCAAACCCAUAUUUGCUUCUGCAAGGAUGUGCAUCAACCCUAAUGCUGAAGUUGAGCUAAAAUCACCCAAAGCAAACCUGCACCUUGAGGUUCAGAACAUCGCAAUUGAGAUGACCAAGCCACAGUACCUGUCUAUGGUGGAUCUGUUGGAGUCUAUAGACUGCAUGGUGAAGAAUAGCCCCUACAGAAAGUUUAGGCCUGAUGUUCCAGUCCACAGAAACGCCAGGCAAUGGUGGAAAUACAGCAUCAGUAGUAUACUGGAAGUGCAUAUCAGGCAUUUUAACCGGAUGUGGGACUGGAACAACAUCAAGAAGCACAGGCAAACACUUAAGGCUUACAAAGCUGCAUACAAAAUCAAACUCACACAGGGUAAAGUCCGGGAAGACACAGAGAAACAAAUCCAGGAGCUGGAGAAAGUUCUUGAUGUGUUCAACAUUUUAUUGGCCAGACAGCAGAUUCAGAUGGAGGUGGUUCGGUCAGGACAGAAGCUGGUUACUAAAAAGGCUGCCACUCAGAAACAAAGUGGAGGAGGCUUCUUCGGCAGCUUUUUUGGCAAGAAAGAAGGGAAGAAGAGAGAGGAAGAGGAAGAUAAAGAGCCUGAGAAUAUUGAUUCCAUCAUGACUCCUGAAGAGAAAACGAAACUCUACACAGCCAUUGGCUACAGCGAUAGCUCUCAUAACCUUGCCUUACCAAAACACUAUGUAGCUGUGAUUGUCAAUUUUAAACUGUUGAGCACCUCAGUAACAUUCAGAGAGGAGCCUGGCAUUCCAGAGAUCCUCAAAGUGCAAAUGAUUGACCUCAGUACGUCCAUCUCACAGAGACCUGGAGCACAGGCCAUCAGAGUGGAGGCUAAGCUGGAGCACUGGUACGUGACUGGUCUGCAGCAGCAGGGGGAGGUGCCGUCUCUCAUAGCGUCAGUCGGAGACUCUGACUCUUCUCUGCUCAGCGUGCUCUUUGAGCUCAAUCCAGAAGACAGCACCGCUGACCAGCUCCUCAGAGUCCACUCACAGCCUGUAGAGAUCAUCUAUGAUGCUCUGACUGUCAUCAGCAUCACAGAAUUCUUCAAGACGGGAAAAGGAGUUGAUCUGGAGGUCAUCACCUCAGCAACACUCAGCAAACUUGAGGAGAUCAAAGAGAAGACAGCCGCUGGCUUGUCUCACAUUAUUGAGACACGUAAGGUGUUGGACUUGAGGAUCGAUCUAAAACCCUCCUACUUGCUGCUUCCCAAGACUGGAUUCUAUGAUAGCAAAUCAGACCUCAUGAUCGUUGAUUUUGGUUAUCUGCAGUUGAACAGUGUAGACCAGGCCAGCCAUCAGCAGGUAUCUGCCAGUUUCUCAUCGCUAGAGGAAAUCAUGGAUAGAGCCUAUGAAAGAUAUUCCUUGGAGCUCCGCAGUGUCCAGAUACUCUACAGCAAAUCAGGAGAGAAAUGGAAAAAUGCUCGUAUUAAAGGCUUCACCCAUCAGCACAUCCUGCAGCCGAUGGACGUCACACUUCAGCUUGCUAAAUGUAUGGUGGACAAAGAUUCCCGUAUGCCCAGGUUCAAAGUAUCAGGGGAGCUGCCCUUACUUCAUGUGAAGAUUUCUGAUCAGAAGAUCCAGGGUGUUCUGGAGCUGGUGGACAGUAUUCCUCUCCCUCAGACUACCUCAAGCCCUCCUAGCACCCCCACAGAAAAGGUUUUGGGGAUACCACUGUCUGAUGCCAGGCCAAAGGUUUUGGGUUUAGACCCCACAGUUCUGUCCUAUACAGUGGAAUCAGACUCUGCAGAAGACACCAGUGAGAAGGCUGCAGAUGAAGACUCUCUCAGAUCAUCCUUAGAGGAACUGACCGAAGUGCAGUUUCAGUUUGAAGUCAAAUCAGUGUUGUUGGAGCUUACGAGGCAGGCCGCUCAGGAGGAUGUCGUAUUGGCUUUCAAUGUUUCACAACUGGGUGCAGAAGGCAAGAUACGGAACUUUGAUCUCACUGUCACAUCUUACCUGCGCAAGAUUAGCCUGGACUACUGCGAGAUAAAAGAUGCACAAAAUCAGCCACUUCAUCUAAUUACCUCUUCAGACAAGCUUGGCUCUGAUCUAUUGAAAGUGGAGUACAUCAAAGCUGAUGUUAAUGGACCCAGCUUCCAUACCAUAUUUAAUAAUACAGAACAAGCACUGAAGGUGGAGUUUUCCUCACUGGACUUCCUGCUUCACACUAAAGCUUUGCUGUCUACCAUCAACUACAUGAAUUCAGCAAUACCACAAGACCUCACAGCUUCGAAAGAGAGAGAAACCAAGAGACGAGCUGAGAGAGCAGCAGCAGGGAAGAAAGUGUCUAAGGGUUCGAAGGACUCUGGUGUUGUGAACUUUAAGCUGUCUGCCGUACUCGGCUCUUUCAGAGUGGCUGUUUGCGAUGACAGAAGCAACAUUGCUGACAUCCGGGUUCAAGGCAUUGACGCGUCUGUGGUGGUCCAGGCCAAAGAAACAGACGUUUUUGCCCGUCUGCGUGACAUUGUGGUUCUUAAUGUGGACCCUAAGACUAUACAUAAGAAGGCGGUGUCAAUCAUUGGAGAAGAGGUGUUCAGCUUUAAGAUGACAUUGUAUCCUGGGGCCACUGAAGGCAAAGGAUACACUGACACCUCCAAAGUGGAUGGGAAAGUUAUCCUGAGACUUGGCUGUAUCCAGAUCGUCUACCUGCAUAAGUUCCUUACGUCUUUAUUGGACUCUUUUAGCUAUCAAUACCCCUCUGCUGAUGAGAUGUUUGUGGAUAACUUCCAGACAGCUAAAGAGGCUCUCAGUGCCGCCACGGCUCAGGCUGCAGAGAAAGCAGCUUCCAGUGUGAGGGAUUUCGCUCAGAAGAGCUUCAGACUUGCCAUGGACAUCAGACUGAAGGCCCCCCUUAUCAUAAUCCCUCAGUCCUCCACAUCCCAUAAUGCAUUUGUGGUUGACCUGGGUCUCAUUACUGUGGGAAACAGCUUCUCACUGCUGGCAGCUGAGGGCUUCCCAUUGCCUGCAGUUUUGGAGACCAUGGAUGUAAAACUCACACAACUCAAACUAUCUAGGACUGUUCUGAAGGGCAAUGCUGCUCAUUUAGAUGUUGAGAUUCUGGAGCCCAUAAAUCUAGAGCUUUUAGUCAAGCGUAAUUUGGCUGCCACUUGGUACAACAAAAUUCCUGGAAUGGAGGUCAAUGGAGUGCUUAUGUCAAUGAACAUGGCUCUUGGCCAGGAGGAUGUUGGGGUCCUCAUGAGAAUCCUAGCAGAGAACAUUGGCGAGGGAAGCAGGGCUGCUGCAGUGGAGGGAAUGAAAGCUUCUGCUAAAAAUGAAGCUGUAGAUGAAGGACUCAUCGAAACAUUACCUGUGGGGACAGGGAGUCAACCAGAAUUGACCAAUGGUGCUUUCAGUGAAAAUGUUGUCAAUGUGCUGCUCAAUUUUGAAAUCAAGGAGGUUAUGCUAAGGUUGAAAAAGUCCAAAAAUGGGAAAGAGUGUCCCUUUUUGGUUCUCCAUGUAGCUCAGCUUGGAAUUGACACCAAAGUUCGAAAAUACGACAUGGAGGCUACAACAUACAUCAAAAACAUCUCCAUGAAGUGUCUAGAGUUCCUUGAUUCAAAUGAAGAACCGCUCUGUAUAAUAAGUUCCUCCGCAGAGUCAGGAGCAGAUCUUCUUAAAGUCAAGUAUUUUAAGGCUGAUCGAAAUGGGCCCAACUUUGCAAGCCUUUACCAGAACACUGAGCAGAAGAUCAAUGUGGUGUUCUCCUCUCUAGACUUGAUGUUGCACACUGAGGCUCUCCUCUCUACCAUGGACUUCCUGUCUGCUGCCCUGUCCAACAGCAGUCUGCCCUCACCCGAGAGAGAGAGCAAAAAGAGUGAAGAUAUGAGAACUACCUCAGCUAAAUCCACUGCACUGAGUUCUCCCUCUGAUGGCGAUGUCAUUGACCUGAUGGUGAACAUGCAGCUUGGUGCAUUUAAUGUGUUGGUUCGUGACCAAAAGAGUAACAUGGCAGACAUCAAAAUUCAGGGUGAGAAUGCAUUCUUAUUUUGAAAAUGUACUUGUGUAUUAUUAUUAUAUAACAGUUACUGCAUCACUGCUACUGCCAUCUCCAUCGUAGGCGAUGAGGUGUUCAGCUUCAGCAUGAGUCUGACACCCAAAGCCACUGAGGGGGCUGGGUAUACAGAUACUUCAAAGGUUGAUGGCAAAGUGAAACUCAACGUGGGCUGUAUUCAAGUGGUCUACCUUCACAAAUUUGUCAUGUCAUUACUGAAUUUCAGUAAUAACUUCCAGACAGCUAAAGAGGCUCUCAGUGCCGCCACGGCUCAGGCCGCAGAGAAAGCAGCUUCCAGUGUGAGGGAUUUCGCUCAGAAGAGUUUCAGACUUGCCAUGGACAUCAGACUGAAGGCCCCCCUUAUCAUAAUCCCUCAGUCCUCCACAUCCCAUAAUGCUGUGGAGGCGGACCUGGGUCUCAUUACUGUGAGAAACAGCUUCUCUCUGCUCCCAGUGGAAGGUCGUCCGCUGCCUGCUGUCAUAGAUAAUAUGGAUAUACAGCUCACACAGCUAAAACUGUCCAGAAUUUCCAUGGAGCAGGACUCAAAUCAGCCUAGUUCAAAACUGUUGGAGCCAGUCAACCUUGUGCUGUCUGUUAAACGUAACCUGGCGGCAUCAUGGUACCAGAAGAUGGCUGCCAUAGAGGUGGAUGGAGAUCUGAAGCCCAUGAAGGUGGCUCUGAGUCAAGAUGACCUGACUGUCCUUCUGCGGAUUCUGAUGGAGAACAUCGGAGAGGCGAGCAGUGUUCAAUCUGACACACCGAUCGACACAGAGGCAGCCCUCAAACAAGAGAGUCUGCUUGUCAGAGCACGUACAGCGACUGGCACUGAGAUUGUGGAGAAGCUGUCUGAAAGUAAACUGAGGGACACAGAGCUGCUGGAGAGUGUCAAAUUCAGCUUUAAUGUGGAGUCCCUUGGCCUUACUCUCUACAGUAAUGAUCCUGCACAGCCCUCUGUACAUAAGGAGCCGUUGUGUUUAGGUGAAUUUAUGCUGUGUAAAAUGAAGACUUCAGGCAAAAUGUUUAGUAACGGUAACAUGGAGGUCUCCACCAUCCUCACCACAUGCACGCUGGAUGACAGACGGAGCGGUAUUCAGAGAGUCACAUCCAGAAUGCUGGGAAGGCGUGAUGAGGAGACAACAGAGCCCAUGAUUGAUGUUACGUACUCUCAGAGUGCGGAUGAGCGCUCGGUAGUCGCUGUGCUGCAGAAGCUCUAUUUGUGUGCUAGCGUGGAGUUCCUGUUGGCUGUGGCCGACUUUUUUGUGCAAGCCCUGCCUACGAGUCCACCUACACAGAGAGACAAAUCCAAUCAGCUGCCACUCAAAUAUGUCUCAGAGCCCAAAAUCCAGAGUGAACCUAAAGCAGCUCUGAGAACCAGGCUGCAAGCAGUUGUGGUGGACCCAGAGGUUGUGUUUGUGGCUAACCUGAUGAAGGCAGACGCUCCUGCACUGGUAGCCUCAUUCCAGUGUGCUUUUAGCCUGCUGUCUGAAGACUCUGGACAGGCCAUGGAGGCAAACGUCAGAAGCCUCAAAGUGCUUGCCUGCCCCUUUAUCAGGAUGGAGGGUGACAAAGCCGAGACCACCGUGCUGAGACCAUGCUCUGUUAAACUUGAGACCAAAAUGCCAACCAAUGCCCCAUUAACCGGUUCAGUAACUGUAGAGGAGGUCAUAGUGAAAAUCUCUCCUAUCAUUCUUAACACUGUCAUUACCAUCACGGCGGCCAUGGCACCCAAACCUAAAGAAGAGCCAUCACAGCAGACGUCAGAUGACCUAAACAGCCUCUGGUCUUUGAUGAGUGUCGCUAAUGCAAACUACUGGUUCCUUGGUGUGGAUACAGCCUCCGAGGUCACUGAGAGCUUCAAGGAUGUGGACUGCAGUAAGGAUGGAGAGAGCUUUGAGAUGAACGUGAAGGUGGUGCAGGUCACGCUGGAGUCAGGUUUGGGGCAUCGGACUGUUCCUCUGCUGCUUGCGGAGUCGUCAUUUACUGGUACUGCUCAGAACUGGUCUUCGUUGCUCAGUGUCUCUGCAGAUAUGACACUUGAGGUAAAUUACUUCAAUGAGGCUCAUGCCAUUUGGGAGCCACUUCUUGAGAGAGUGGACAGUGGGAGACGAAGGUGGAACCUUAAAUUGGAUAUGAAGAAUAACCCUGUUCAUGAUAAAAGUCCAGUUCCUGGGGAUGAUUUCAUUAUGUUGCCAGACCCUCGCACAGCCAUCACCAUAUGCUCCAAAGACACCAUGAACAUCACAGUGUCCAAGUGCUGCCUCAGUGUCUUCAACAACCUGGCGAAGGCUUUCUCAGAGAGCACAGCCUCCACGUUUGACCAUUCUCUGAAGGAGAAAUCCCCGUACACCAUCCGCAAUGCAUUAGGCAUUCCUCUCAUUGUGCAGCACAGUGCUAACCUGCGUUUGACUGGCUCAUCCGCACCGGGUAAACUUCACGAAUUGGCCGUGGAUAAAAGUGUGGAUUUAGAACAUACAUCCUUUGAGCGUUCAUCACGACUGUCUGCCCUGCAGAGGCAGGAAAGCUGCUUAUUCAAUCUCAGCAUAGUUCCCUCAGGUUACAGUGAGAUUUCAAAUAUCCCUUUGGGUAAGCCUGGCCGUAGACUGUAUAAUAUCAGAGGACCCAUGCAACAGGAUGCUGUGUCUGUACUGCUUCAGAUCGAUGCCAGUGAGGGCAACAAGGUCAUCACAGUACGGUCCCCCCUACAGAUAAAGAACCAUUUCUGUGUGCCAUUUGCCAUCCUGAAGUAUUCUCCUGAACUUGGAGGGAUGGUGAAUGUAGGGGUUGCUGAGCCUGAGAAGGAGUGUCAUGUUCCUCUAGAAGCUUACAGGAGUCAGUUGUUCUUGCUGCCUGUCGGUCCUUUAGAAGAUGUGUAUCGUACGUCCACCACAUGCAUCACAUGGAAGGAGCAGGUUCACGUGAGCUCAGAGGUUUGCGCAGUGCUGCAGUGCCCUGCCAUGGACAGCAGCUUCCUGCCACUGGUGGUGAACACACUGGCCGUGCCUGAUGACCUCAGCCAUAUUGCCAGCCACGGGGAAGGGGACUGGGACCCUGCUUAUGUCAUCCACCUGCACCCAGCUGUCACGCUCAAAAACCUGCUGCCUUACUCAAUACGCUACUUGCUGGAGGGUUCUGCUGACUUCUGUGAGCUUCAGGAGGGAAGCGUGGCGGAUGUGCUGAACUCAAAUGUUGGUGGUGAAAUAAUUGAGCUUGUUUUGAUCAAGUACCAAGGUCGCAACUGGACUGGACGUAUGAGAAUCAGCAGAGAAAUGCCUGAGUUCUUGUCCAUCUGCUUCACCUGCGACUCACCAGAAGGACUGACCGUGGACCUGUGGGUGCAUGUGUCUCGAUUGAGUGGCAAAAUGGUCCUCUCUGUUUACAGUCCGUACUGGAUCAUCAAUAAGACGUCCCGUGUGCUACAGUAUCGUGCAGAGGAUACAUGUGUGAAACACCCAUCCAACUUCAGGGAUGUAAUUCUGUUCUCCUUCAAAAAGAAGAAUUUCUUCAGCAAGAAUAAGCUGCAGCUCUGUGUGUCCACCAGCUCAUGGUCCGAUGGCUUCUCGCUGGACACUGUUGGCAGCUAUGGAUGUGUCCGUUGUCCAGACAAAAACGGGGACUACUUAGUUGGGGUCAGCAUCCAGAUGAGCAGCUUUAACCUGACACGGAUUGUUACCAUGAGUCCUUUCUACACGCUAGUCAAUAAGUCCUUGUUUGAGCUGGAGGUCGGGGAGGUGCAAAACAACAAUGGUUUUGACUGCAAGUGGCACUACAUCUCCUCCACUGAGUGCUUGCCUUUCUGGCCUGAGGCCAGCACGGGGAAGCUGUGUGUACGAGUUGUGGGAUCUGAAUCUAGCUCCAAAUCGUUCUUCUUCAACAAGCAGGACAAUGGAACUCUGCUGCGCAUGGAACAGUGUGGUGGUGUAAUAGUGGAUGUGAACAUCUCAGACCACUCCACUGUCAUCAGCUUCACCGAUUACUAUGAUGGAGCUGCACCUGCUUUGGUUGUCAAUCACACACCUGCAGCCACUGUCAACUUCAGACAGAGAGGCUGUGAGGAGUCUUGGGCACUGAGACCAGGUGAAGCUCAGCGUUUUGCAUGGGAUGAUCCAGCAGGGGUGCGGAAGCUUUGCUGGAGCUGUCAAGACCACAGCGGAGAACUGGACCUUGUAAAGGAUGAGUGUGGGCAGUUUGCUUACAGCAGCUUAGUUCAGAUACACUGGGUGUCCUUCCUGGACGGCCGACAGCGGGUGCUGAUCUUCACUGAGGAUGUUGGCAUAGUCUCAAAAGCCCGGCAGGCAGAGGAGCUGGAGCAAUUCCAGCAAGAAGUCAACAUCUCAUUAAAGAACCUGGGCUUGUCACUCAUCAACAAUGACAUCAGGCAGGAGAUAGCAUACGUUGGAAUCACUAAGUCUGGUGUGGUUUGGGAGAUGAGACCGAAGAACCGCUGGAAGUCCUUUAACCACAAAAACAUUGGACUGCUGGAGAAAGCCUACCAGAACUACGUCAACAGCAAGACUGAACCAGGCUGGACUAGACUAGAAACUGGCCUAGAGGUGAACUUUGGAAGAUUGCCCAUGUUGAUGAGACAGCCAUUUUCCUGCUCUAUCAGGAGAAACUUCCUGCCUGGCAUUUGUAUUGAGUUGAAACAGUCCCCUCACCAGAGGAGUUUACGUGCACAGCUCUAUUGGCUACAGGUGGAUAAUCAGCUGCCGGGAGCUAUAUUUCCGACUGUGUUUCAUCCUGUUCCUCUUCCAAAAUCUAUUGUUCAAGACUCAGAACCGAAGCCGUUUUUUGACGUUUGCAUCAUCACAAGGUUUAAUGAGCACAGCCAAGUCAUGCAGUUUAAGUACUUUAUGGCAUUAGUGCAGGAGAUGGCAGUGAAGAUCGAUCAGGGCUUCUUGGGAGCAAUUCUCGCCCUGUUUAACCCAGCUACCGACACCCAGGAUACUAAAGAGAAGAAUAAGCUGAUAGAGAGGGAUCUGGAGGCGCUGCAGGCUCAGCUGAUGGAGACCUCCAUGACGGAUGCCUCGGGCCUGAGCUUCUUUGAGCAUUUCCACAUCUCCCCUAUUAAACUGCACCUGAGUCUGUCUCUGGGCUCCAGUGGAGAUGAAUCUGAACAGGGUGAUAUGGUAGCCAUCCAGUCCGUCAACCUCCUGCUCAAAAGCAUUGGUGCCACACUCACUGAUGUAGAUGAUCUGAUUUUCAAACUGGCUUACUUUGAGAUGAAAUAUCAGUUCUACCGGCGAGAAAAACUGAUGUGGGCGGUGAUCAGACACUACACUGAACAAUUCCUAACACAGAUGUACGUGCUGGUUUUGGGGCUGGAUGUGCUUGGAAAUCCAUUCGGGCUGAUCCGAGGCUUAUCAGAAGGAGUGGAGGCUUUCUUCUACGAGCCCAUCCAGGGGGCUGUUCAAGGACCUGAGGAGUUUGCAGAAGGUUUUGUGAUCGGUGUUCGAAGUUUACUGGGCCACACAGUGGGGGGUGCAGCUGGCAUGGUGUCUCGAAUAACAGGCAGUGUAGGAAAAGGCUUGGCUGCCAUCACUAUGGACAAAGAGUAUCAGCAGAAACGGAGGGAGGAGAUGAACAGACCCAGUAGAGACUUUGGAGAGAGUCUGGCUAAAGGAGGAAAGGGCUUCCUCAAGGGAGUGGUUGGUGGAGUAACAGGAAUUGUGACCAAACCAGUGGAAGGAGCGAAGAAAGAGGGGGCUGCAGGCUUCUUCAAGGGCAUUGGGAAAGGCCUGGUUGGAGUGGUGGCCAGACCCACAGGGGGCAUCAUAGACAUGGCAAGCAGUACUUUUCAGGGCAUUCAGAGAGUGGCAGAAUCGACUGAAGAGGUGACUAAAAUAAGGCCAGUGCGUCUCAUACAAGAGGAUGGCAUCAUACGGCCCUAUGACCACCAUGAGUCGGAGGGCUUUGACCUCUUUCAGAGGUCUGAGAUAAAACAGUUGGAUGGAGAGAUCUUCAGAGAACACUAUGAAUACCCAGGGCACAGAAAAACAAACAUCAUUAUCACCAACAGGAGAGUGAUGUGUGUGAAGGAGAUCGACGUGAUUGGACAUUUCAACAAAGAAUGGGAAUGUCAAUUUGAGAAUUUUCAAAGGCCUCCAAGCACAGAAGGAGGAGAUUUGAAGAUAUAUUACCGGGAACAGAACAAAUUGAACCUCAUUAGGAAGGAUGGACAGAUGCUAGUGAAAGUGAUAAACAUGAGACAUGCUGACACGGCUGAGAGACUGCGAAAAGGAAUCGAUAGUGCCCAGUCUGCACGCAAGCAAUAUCAGAUGGCACGGCAGAAAUCACAGCGCUUCAUUAAAACUGGCAACGUUUAAAUAAGUCAGUCAUGCCUACAUCUCCUUAGUUUAAUAUGCUGCCUAGCAUUCAAAGUAUCAAUCAUGUGUAAAAAAUAUAUUUAGGCAAAUGUAUUAGUUGAAUGUAUCUCUGAAUUUUUGGAGUUAGAACUAGAUUUUUUUAGAUGUCUAAGCACUUUGCCUUUUGUUGUCAUGGUUGCUUGGUAUAGGUCUUGAUAAUGGGAGAAAACAAAAGAGACUGUUUUGUUAAUUAUUUUGCAGUUGCUAUAAAAAACUACAUCACUUCAGUAUACAGCUGUGAUGUGCAGUGUGAGACUUGUCCAGUUUAGCUCACUUACCUUGAUUACAAAUCCUUUCAAAAAAGGUUUUGCUCAACAAUGACAUGUAUAAUACACAAAAUAUCUCUUAGCUUAAAAAUUAUAUUGUUAUAAUGUUUUGAUCUCUCUUGUAUUGUUUUACAGACACACAUAUGCAUCUCUUGUCCCUUGCACUUCCCUCGAAGUCAUAGUGUACUAUGACUAUGUAGUAAAAAGUGCUGUCUGUGUCACUGCUGUUCCACAGUUUGUUAAAAAAAAAUCGAAAGUUUGGGUACCCCUUGCAGAAUCUUGUAAAAAUGUGAAUAAUUUUCUAAAAAU